GUUCCUUUGCUAUUUGGGAAGCAAAAUUGUCACGCCACUCUUUGCAUUCGAGGGUUUUAUUAUGUCUGAGUCCAACGACAACGAGACUUCCGCAGAUUAUGGGAGCAAUGAUGAAGAGUAUGAUGGGCCUGAGCUUCAAGUAGUUACUGAGGAAGAUCACCUACUACCAAAAAGAGAGUACUUAUCAGCUGCAUUUGCUUUGAGUGGUUUAAAUUCCAGAGCUUCUGUGUUUGACGACGAAGAUUAUGAUGAACAAGGAGGACAAGAGAAGGAACAUGUACCAGUUGAGAAAUCUUUUGAUUCAGAAGAGAGGGAACCAGUUGUCUUGAAGGAGGAAAAGCCCGUAAAGCAUGAAAAGGAGGCUAGCAUCUUGGGAAAUAAGAAUCAGAUGGACACAGGAGAUGUCCAGGAGGAGUUGGUGGUUGGAUUAUCAGAAGCUACUUUGGAUGAGAAACGUGUCACCCCGCUGCCUACGUUAUAUCUUGAAGAUGAUGGUAUGGUCAUCUUACAAUUCUCUGAGAUAUUUGCUAUACAAGAGCCACAGAAGAAACGGCAGAAGAGAGAAAUUAGAUGUAUCACUUAUAGAGACAAAUACAUAUCUAUGGAUAUUUCUGAGCUUAUCGAAGACGAUGAGGAGGUACUCCUGAAGAGCCAUGGUAGGAUUGACACUCAUGGGAAAAAAACUGAUCAAAUUCAGCUGGAUGUUCCCUUACCAAUCAGAGAGCGUUCACAGCUGGUAAAAUCUGGCAUAGUAAGGGAUACUACAUCAGAAUCGAGAGAGUUUACCAAGCUAGGAAGGGAUUCAUGUAUCAUGGGUGAACUGUUGAAGCAGGACUUAAAAGACGAUAAUUCAUCUCUCUGUCAGUCUCAAUUAACAAUGGAAGUUUUCCCUCUAGACCAGCAAGAAUGGGAACAUCUAAUACUCUGGGAAAUUUCUCCUCAAUUUAGUGCUAAUUGUUGUGAGGGCUUCAAAUCUGGACUUGAGUCAGCAGGUAUAAUGGUACAGGUGAGGGCUUCAAAUUCAGUGACUGAACAAGAAAGCUUAAAUGUGAUGAACUCUGGAGGGCAAACUCAAGGGGACAAUAACAACAUGCUCGAGCCUUUUUUUGUAAAUCCGUUGGAGUCUUUUGGCUCAAGAGGUUCCCAGUCUACAAAUGAGUCCACUAACAAAAGUAGACAUCAUCCACAACUCCUUAGAUUAGAAUCUCAGUGGGAUGAGGAUCAUUAUAGGGAAAAUGGCGAUGCUGGACGGGAGAAUUUAAAGCAGCUUAAUAGUGACGCUCGUGGGCGCUUGAGUGGACUUGCAUUGCAAGAUAGGGAUAUGUGGGAUGAGUCAUGGUUAGAUAGCAUAAUAUGGGAGUCAGAUAAAGAUUUGAGCAGGUCUAAACUAAUAUUUGAUCUUCAAGAUGAGCAAAUGAUCUUUGAAGUUCCGAACAAUAAGGAAAGAAAAUAUCUUCAACUUCAUGCUGGAUCUAGGAUUGUAUCUCGAUCUUCAAAAUCCAAGGACGGAUCCUUUCAAGAAGGCUGUGGAUCAAAUUCUGGGUGGCAAUUCAAUAUUUCUAAUGACAAAUUCUAUAUGAAUGGGAAAAGCGCUCAGAAACUGCAAGGAAAUGCUAAGAAAUCUACCGUACACAGUUUGAGAGUUUUCCAUUCGGCACCAGCGAUUAAAUUGCAGACGAUGAAGAUCAAAUUGAGCAAUAAAGAGAGAGCAAAUUUUCACCGGCCCAAAGCUCUGUGGUAUCCACAUGACAAUGAGCUAGCCAUAAAGCAGCAAAAAAUUUUACCCACCCAAGGUUCCAUGACAAUUGUUGUUAAGAGUCUGGGGGGUAAAGGAUCACUGCUAACCGUCGGCAGAGAGGAAUCUGUCUCUUCUUUAAAAGCCAAGGCUUCUAGAAAGCUAGAUUUUAAGGAAACAGAAGCAGUGAAGAUGUUUUAUAUGGGGAAGGAACUUGAGGAUGAAAAGUCUCUUGCUGAACAAAAUGUUCAACCCAAUUCCCUUGUCCAUCUUUUACGUACUAAGGUGCAUCUGUGGCCAUGGGCACAAAAGCUUCCUGGCGAAAAUAAAUCUUUACGACCUCCUGGGGCUUUCAAGAAGAAAUCUGACCUAUCUAAUCAAGAUGGCCAUGUUUUCUUGAUGGAGUAUUGUGAAGAGAGGCCGUUGAUGCUCAGCAAUGCAGGAAUGGGUGCAAAUUUGUGCACGUAUUAUCAGAAGUCAUCCCCAGAGGAUCAACAUGGGAACUUGCUGCGCAAUCAAAGUGAUACCUUAGGGAGUGUGAUUAUUCUAGAACAUGGGAACAAAUCCCCUUUCCUUGGGGAAGUACACGGUGGUUGCAGUCAGUCAUCUGUUGAAACAAACAUGUACAAAGCACCUGUUUUUCCUCAUAGGUUGCAAUCAACAGAUUAUUUGUUGGUCCGGUCUGCUAAAGGAAAGCUCUCUCUAAGGCGUAUUAACAAGAUAGUUGCUGUUGGACAACAGGAACCUCGAAUGGAAAUAAUGUCUCCUGCAUCAAAGAAUCUUCAUGCUUAUUUGGUGAACAGAAUGAUGGCCUAUGUGUAUCGAGAGUUUAAGCAUCGCGACCGUAUUGCUGCCGAUGAGCUGUCUUUCUCAUUUUCUAACAUAUCAGAUGCAACUGUCAGAAAAUACAUGCAAGUUUGUUCCGAUUUAGAGAGAGAUGCAAAUGGCAAGGCUUGCUGGUCCAAGAAACGUAAGUUUGAUAAGAUUCCACUUGGGUUGAACACUCUGGUGGCACCAGAGGAUGUGUGUUCCUAUGAGAGUAUGCUAGCUGGGCUGUUCCGGCUCAAACAUUUAGGGAUCACUCGGUUUACAUUGCCUGCCAGCAUAUCAACUGCAUUGGCUCAGCUCCCAGAUGAAAGGAUUGCCGCUGCAUCACAUAUUGCGAGGGAGUUGCAGAUAACUCCAUGGAAUCUGAGCAGUAGUUUUGUUACUUGUGCAACUCAGGGCAGAGAAAAUAUAGAGCGUUUGGAAAUUACUGGAGUUGGUGAUCCCUCUGGACGGGGUCUAGGAUUCAGCUACGUCCGAGUUGCACCAAAAUCAUCAGCUGCAUCCGAACAUAAGAAGAAAAAGGCAGCAGCCUGUCGCGGAGUCCCAACUGUCACUGGUACAGAUGCUGAUCCUCGCAGAUUAAGCAUGGAAGCAGCUCGAGAGGUUCUUCUUAAGUUCAAUGUUCCUGAUGAGAUAAUUGCCAAGCAAACUCAACGGCAUCGAACAGCUAUGAUACGCAAGAUAUCAAGUGAGCAGGCUGCAUCUGGUGGUAAGGUUGGCCCCACAACAGUAGGUAUGUUUUCCCGUAGCCAGAGAAUGUCUUUCCUACAGUUGCAACAGCAGGCCCGAGAAAUGUGUCAUGAGAUUUGGGAUAGGCAACGUCUGUCCCUUUCAGCUUGUGAUGAUGAUGGGAACGAAAGUGAAAAUGAGGCAAACAGUGAUUUGGACUCCUUUGUUGGAGAUCUGGAAGAUCUACUUGAUGCUGAGGAUGGUGGGGAGGGGGAAGAAUCUAAUAAGUCUAUGAAUGAAAAGUUGGAUGGAGUGAAGGGACUCAAGAUGAGACGGUGGCCAUCUCAAGUUGAGAAAGACGAAGAAAUUGAAGAUGAGGCUGCUGAAUAUGUCGAGUUAUGCCGAUUGCUGAUGCAAGAUGAGAAUGAUAAGAAGAAAAAGAAGUUGAAAGAUGUGGGAGAGGGAAUUGGAUCCUUUCCUCCUCCACGGUCCAAUUUUGAACCUUUCAUUGACAAGAAAUAUAUUGCCACCGAACCUGAUGCAUCUUUCUUAAUCGUGAAUGAGAGCACCGUCAAACACACCAAAAACGUUGAUAAAGCAACUUCUAAGUCCCCCAAAGAUAAACAGGUAAAAGAGAUCGGCACUCCUAUAUGCCAGAUGAAGAAAAUACUGAAGGAAAACCAAAAGGUAUUCAUGGGAAAAAAAACAGCAAGAGCGAACUUCGUCUGUGGAGCCUGUGGUCAGCAUGGACACAUGAAAACCAAUAAACACUGCCCAAAAUACAGAAGAAAUACAGAAUCCCAGCCGGAAAGUAUGGAUAUGAAGAAGUCUACUGGAAAACCGAGUUCUUCAGAUCUAUCAGGCGAGGUCUGGCUGACACCUAUCGACAACAAGAAGCCUGCGCCAAAAAGUGCAACAAAAAUUUCUGUAAAUGAAGCUACGAAAGUAGGUGAUUCAACUUCCAAAACUCCAGGAAGUUCUGACGUAGCAGCUGUUUCUGAAAUAGACUCUGGGACUAAGUUGACAUCUAGGAAACUCAAAAUUUCAAGUAAGGCAAAACCUAAAGCAUCGAAGGUUGAAUCUGACAGUCCUUUCCAUUCAUUGAUGCCUGCAUAUAGUAGAGAGAGAGGGGAGAGCGAGCUUCACAAUCCUUCUGUUUCUGGACAACUCUUACCAAGUACAGAGACAGAUCAGGCUGCCUCAAGUAGGUACACUACUUCAGUUCCGCAGCCAUCUUUAAGCAUAGAUAAAGAUCAAGCUGAAUCUUGUAGGCCUCAUCGCGUUAUAUGGCCGCCAACAGGAAAAGAACAUUCGCAGAAGAAACUUGUUAUUAAACGUUUAAAAGAGAUAACUGAUCAUGACAGCGGUAGUCUUGAAGAGACUCCACAAUUUGAGUCCAGGAAAACAAAAAGAAUGGCAGAACUGGCAGAUUUUCAGAGGCAGCAGAGACUCAGAUUGUCAGAGAACUUUCUAGACUGGGGACCAAAAGAUGAUAGAAAAUGGCGGAAAGAACAAGAUAUAAGUACGGAACUGCACAGGGAGGGAAAGGUGAGAAGAGCUUACGAUGAUAGUACUGUAUCAGAAGAACGCAGUGAGAUAGCUGAGAGCAGAAGAUACAGAGAGGUUAUACGGAGUGAGAGGGAGGAAGAGAAACGACGAAAAGCCAAGCAGAAAAAGAAGCUGCAACGCGGAAUACUCGAAAAUUAUCCUCCUCGACGAAACGAUGGAAUAUCUUCAGAAAGUGGUCAGAAUAUCAACAGCCUGUGUGUCUCUGACUUUGAAAGGAACAGGACAGAGUAUGCACCUCAACCAAAACGACGAAAAAAAGGACAGGUUGGCCUAGCAAACAUCUUGGAAAGCAUAGUGGACACACUGAGAGUCAAAGAGGUAAACGUGUCAUACCUCUUCUUGAAACCGGUCACGAAAAAGGAGGCUCCCAACUAUCUUGAAAUUGUGAAAUGCCCAAUGGAUCUCUCGACAAUCCGGGAUAAGGUACGGAGGAUGGAGUACCGUGACCGACAGCAAUUUAGACACGAUGUCUGGCAGAUCAAGUUCAAUGCUCAUCUAUACAACGAUGGGCGUAACCUGUCAAUACCGCCUUUGGCAGAUGAGUUGCUGGUGAAAUGUGAUCGCUUGUUGGAUGAAUAUAGAGAUGAGUUAAAAGAAGCAGAGAAAGGUAUAGUAGAUUCCAGUGAUUCAUUGAGAUAGAGUGCUAAAAUGGGGUUAGCGUAGCUCCUAAUGAUUUCUGUUAAUGGAAGAAAUUUACGCACUUUGCAAACGAGAAUAUCGAAAUUAGUUUUUGAUGAAAUAAUUUUUUUCUAUAAUUGCAUUACAAAUGUAAAAU